UAGGGGACCCAAAUUAAAAAAUCAAUGUUUUUUUUGGUAAUGAGAAGAAAAGAUUUGAUGAGCUUGACUAUAUCAAAACUUAAUUAUGAAAAAAAAUUAAUAUAAAAAAAAAACAAAAUAAAAGCGGAAAAUCAACGCUCAGACAAAAACUUCCAUUGCUCAAGGAAGGAGACACAAAACAACGCAACACUCACUUUCUCUCUCCUCUUUUCUCAUUUUCUCUCUCUAAAACACUCUAAAUUCUAUCAUAUUCUCUACAUCUGUCAAUCCUUUUGCUCUCUUUUAGUUUUUUUCUUCUUCCCGAAUUUAUAAUUUUACAUUUUUUUGGCUAAAGAUUUCUAGGGUUUCAUUUUUCAUUUUCCGCUGAAUUUCCAGUUCAAUUUACACCCUUUUCAGUUUAAUCAAUUAAUUUUUAGUCUUAUCAACUAGGUUUGUAACCCUUGAUUUCUCAGGUUAUACAAUUUUUUUUUUAAUAAUUCUUUUUUAUUAUUAUUAUUUUUUGCUUCAGUGUAACGCCUUUAAUGGUGGACAAUUUUGCUUGAAUUUUCGACUUGAAAAGUUUACUGCUUUAGUUAGUUUUUGUUGAAGCUAAGGAAAUGGAAUGAUUGAGAUUCGUCGUCAAUUUGGUGCUGAUUUUUGGUGAUCUUUUGAAAUUGUUUCUACUUUGUACUCAAAUCCAGUUAAUACAACCAUCGGUAACAAUGCUGCAACUUGAAGUGUUUAUGGAGGUUUAUGUUGGUGCUCAAAAUUAAUUGUGUUGACGUACUAUGAUAACUUAUACUUGUAUAACUUGAUGAACUUGGACUGGACUUGUUACCAGAGAAUCUUCCCUUGACUUGGUUUAGUUAGUUAAUUGAAAACAAAGCUAUGCCUUCAUGGUGGGGGAAGACAUCAUCUAAAGAAGCAAAGAAAAAGUCUGGUGAUGAAACAAUCCUUGAUGCAAUACGACGGAAAUUCAGAAAUUUAUCUGAUGUGAAAUUAGAUGGUAGCUCAGGAGCAUCUCGUCGACAUUGCAUCGAUACAGUUUCAGAGAGGGGUGCUCAAUCUAGGGCGGAGUCCAGAUCCCCUUCACCUUCGAAAGAAUCUAAACAUGUUGGGAGGUGUCAAAGUUUUGCUGAAAGGCCUCAUGCCCAGCCACUUCCACUUCCUGGUCUGCAUCCUGCACAUGUAAGUCGCACUGACUCUGGAAUUAGUUUGUCAUCAAAACCAAGAAUAGAAAAGAGCUCCAAGUCAUCAUUAUUUCUCCCUCUUCCAAGACCUUCCUGCAUUAGGAGCAGGGCAGAUCCUGCAGAGUUGGACAGUGAUUUGGUUACUGCUUCUGUUUCGAGUGCGAGCUCUGUAGAAAGUGGACCUGAGUCGCGGCUAUGUAGUCCCCAAGCAUUGGACCUUGACAUUGGGGCAAGAGCAACUGCUGGAAGCCCUUCUAGUGCGCACAAGGAUCAAUCAUUCAAAGCUGCUCAAAAUCCUCAAAUUGAUCAUGUAGAAGCACAAAGACCUGUUAGUAUUUCAUUGAGCAAUCAAAGUACGAGUGCUGUCCCAAGAAGAAGAAGGCCUUUGGGUGUGCCCAAUUUGCAGGUUCCCCCACAUGGUGCUUUUUGUAGUGCUCCUGACAGCUCGAUGUCUAGUCCUUCCAGAAGCCCAAUAAGAACUCCCAAUUCUGAGCAAGUGUUGAAUGCUGCCUUCUGGGCUAGUAAACCUUACCCUGAUGUUAUUUUACUUGGAUCCGGUCACUGCUCUAGUCCAGGUUCAGGCCACAACUCUGGCCAUAAUUCUAUGGGAGGGGAUAUAUCAGGUCAGCUGUUUUGGCAACAACCAAGCAGAGGCAGUCCAGAGUAUUCUCCAAUACCUAGUCCCAGAAUGACUAGCCCAGGGCCAAGUUCUAGAGUUCAAAGUGGUGCUGUGACUCCUAUUCAUCCAAGAGCUGUAGGUUCGGGAUCUGAAAUGCAUGCAAGCUGGGGUGAUGAUGGAAAACAACAGAGUCAUCGUUUGCCUCUUCCUCCUGUAACCAUUCCAAUUCCUUCUCCAUUCUCCCAUGGAAAUUCAGCAGCCACAUCUCCCUCUGUUCCAAGAAGCCCAGCUAGAGGAGAGAAUCUUCCGAGCCCCACUUCACGCUGGAAAAAGGGGAGGUUACUUGGUAGAGGAACAUUUGGACAUGUAUAUCUUGGGUUUAAUAGUGAAACGGGUGAAAUGUGUGCCAUGAAGGAGGUUACACUAUUUUCUGAUGAUCCAAAGUCGAAGGAAAGUGCAAAGCAGCUUCAACAGGAAAUUGCUUUGUUGGGGCGUCUUAGACAUCCAAAUAUUGUGCAGUAUUAUGGUUCAGAAACUGUUGAUGAUAAAUUGUAUAUAUACUUGGAAUUUGUGUCUGGUGGGUCUAUCUAUAAGCUUUUACAAGAAUAUGGACAGCUUGGUGAACUUGCAAUACGUAGUUAUACCCAACAAAUACUAUCCGGGCUUGCAUUCCUCCAUGGAAAAAACACUGUUCAUAGGGAUAUCAAAGGUGCAAAUAUACUUGUUGACCCCAAUGGUCGUGUUAAGUUGGCAGAUUUUGGUAUGGCAAAGCAUAUCACUGGACAGUCGUGCCCAUUGUCAUUCAAGGGAAGCCCAUACUGGAUGGCACCAGAGGUUAUAAAAAAUUCAAAUGGUUGCAACCUUGCUGUUGACAUAUGGAGCCUUGGCUGUACAGUCUUGGAAAUGGCAACAACCAAACCACCUUGGAGUCAAUAUGAAGGGGUUGCUGCUAUGUUCAAAAUUGGUAACAGCAAAGAGUUACCAGCUAUUCCGGAUCAUUUAUCUGAUGAAGGAAAAGAUUUUGUGAAGCUCUGUUUGCAGCGAGAUCCACAACAGCGUUGCACAGCGGCUCAGCUACUUGAGCACCCAUUUGUCAAGAAUACUGUUCCUCUGGAGAGGCCUAUUCCAAGUCCUGAGCCAACUGACACUCCAAUUAGUGCUUCAAAUGGGAUGAGGUCUUUGGGGGUUGGACUUGAGAGGAAUCUUUCCAGCUUGGACUCAGAAAGACUUGCUGUUCAUUCAUCCAGGGUUUCACCAGCGCGACCUCGCUCCAGUGAGUAUCACAUUCCGCGGAACAUAUCUUGUCCCGUUUCACCAAUUGGUAGCCCACUGUUGCAUCCAAGGUCACCUCAGCACCUGAAUGGUAUGAUGUCACCUUCUCCUAUAUCCAGCCCUCGUACUACGUCGGGCUCAUCAACUCCCCUCACUGGUGCUAGUGGUGCUAUUCCAUAUCACCAUUCAAAUCAGUCUCAUGAUAUGCAAGAGGGUUUCGGUGCAUUGCCUAAAUCUCCAAACAGUGUUUUCCUCAACGGGCCAUAUGAUCCAAGCCCAAAUAUUCUUCGAGGGAUGCAAUCUGGACCCCAUGGUUUAACAUUAGUGAGUUCUGAAAAUGAAAUCCGUAUAAAGCAGGUCGAAAGAGAAAGACCCUAUCAAGGGAACCCAUUUAAUGGACGCACGGUGUUGGCUGAUCGUGUAUCCAAGCAGCUCUUGCGGGAGCAUGUAAAGCUAAAUCCUUCUGUUGAAUUUAGUCCCCGCUCAACAUUGCCUAGUCGAACUCAUGGCCUGUAGUUUCAUUUGCCCCUAGAUACCGAAUAAUUCUAUUGUUUUGGCCUUAAGAUUUUUGAAAGGGAAAAUGAGGAACAGAGUUCGGGUGAUGUUUGAAACUGGGAUUGAUCUUUUAGAAAUGAUAUGGCUCAGAUAAUCUUCUGCCCCUUGUUCUGGCAAGUUCCUCAGCUUCAAUGCAAAUGUUGUGGAUUAAUCUGCAUUGGUGGCAACAUCACAGCUCGGGAUUUGCAGCUCAACUUGGCUUUGCUAAUGAAAAUUUAGAUAUGGGAGGUGAUUGGUGCAUGGCAAAGUAAGCUGUCAUGCCUUGUACAAAUUCAGAACUCUGAUCUGUUGUAGAAUCAUUAAAUCUACAAGACUUCUAAAAUCAGCUCAACAAAAGUUAUGUCCUGCAGUUCUAAAGAGGUUUCAAAGUUUUGGAUGGACCUGCGUUUUUCUUGGUCAUCUCAGACAAGUUAGAAUCAAGCUGGGAUUUUGUAUGGUUUAGUUUAUGUUGUACAGGAGCCUAAUUUGGAUAUACAGCCAGGGAGUCAGGCAUUUCAGAAUUUGUUUAGCCAAGGGAUUUCAGUCUCUUUGGAGCCCGUUUAUACCCGCUCUGAUGUAAUUGUCCAUAUAUUAUUAUGUAGUAAUGUUGUUACCGUGUUUAUGUACAUUUACUAAAUUAGUACAGAAAUGUACUUAUUCAGACUGUAAUUUACUUUUGACAGCAGUCAUAUUUGAUGAAAGAAACGUUUCUGUGGCUCUUCUAAGCUGA